CUGAUUGUUUCGCUUGCCGUCCUCGUCCCUUGUCUGGCGCUUACACUCAUCUUCCUUGUUCUCUACGUUCGGACGCAUCACCAAACCCACACGGAUUUCGAGCUCACGGAGCUGGAUGAGAGUAUGGAUACUUACAAGGUAGGGCCAUCUAUAAAUUCAUUAGUACCAAGGGUUGAUGAGGCUGAUUCUAAAAGUUUCCGUCAUUUUACCGGAUUUUAUCGCCAAACCACAACCAAAAAAGCAGCUUUUAGCUCAAAUUUUGCUUGCUUCUUCGCACAAUUGACACUCUUACUCAUAAUGCUCCUUUUCACCUCCUCCCCCCUGAAUCAGUCAUGCAUGUUGCCACUCUACCAAAAGCCCCGACUGGAAGACGACGCCAUCGACGAUGACAACAAAAGAACGAGCAAAGAAAGCCAAUCGGAAAUGCUUUGUUCCGAGGUGGACCACUUCCCUACCCACUCUUCUCUCUUAGAAUCUAACUUAUGCAGGCCCGCAACUUCUGACUAUGCUGAGGUGCAAUCCAAUUUCCCAAACCCUGUAGAGGAUCGAGGCGACUAUUUCGCCUACACCUCGACGACUCCUGCCCCCUUCCACUCGGUCUCCAUCGCCACAGCUACCAAUUCGCAGCAAAAUGUGAAACUGGCAGAUAUGGAGGAUUCACUCAAACUUGUCAAGCACCAAAAUCGUGUCUGCCCCCCUCGUAGUCCGUCGACCAGUGGUGCUAGGAGAUUUGGGAGUCUCGCUGCCUAUCGAAUGGAUCUUAAGGCGGGCAUCACCAAGGCGACCAGCAAAACGGCCCUUCUAGAGGAAUUCAACUGCUCAACCUGCCCACUGACUCAGCGUCGCCGAUGCAUGAGGUGA